ACUUAUACUAUUAAUUAAAUACAGAUAUAUUAUCAGUUUCAUACAGGCGUUAGUGUGUCUUUUUACUCUUUACUUUAGUGCUCUGUUUCUGCAAUGCAACUUCAUGACGAAUUUUGAGGAUAUGGAAGAGAAUCAGUGGGGUUGGUUUGUUUUUGUUUUUGUUUUUGUUCUCUCAUAGGUCAUUGAAACUAUAACCCACUAAGUCCCAACAAAUUAAAAAAUAUCAAUUUUCUUUGAUAUUAUUAUUUUUGUUUGUUUCUUCUUCUUACUUCAAUCUCAAGCAGAACGUUUUAUGUUACAUUAAAAGUGCUAGAAAGUCGGGAGUAAAUAAUAAGGCUCUCCCUUCUUUUCAGUUACUUUCAUUUCUUUUUCUUAUUUGUUUUGUUUUUUCUCUUCAAACUUUAAUUUAUUUUCUCAAUCAUGGAGGCAACCGAACUCCAUCACUUUUAUUUUCUCUGAAAGUUUCCACAAAGUCUGAAACUUUUCUGAUCUUUGAGCAGUGAGUUAUGCUGAAGAAGAGAUCAAGAAGCAAGCAAGCUUCGUUGAUGGCGGAUACCAACCAGAAACAGAGUAAACCAACGCCGUUUCCACGGCUCUUCACAGCUUUCAGCAGCUUUAAAAGCUUCACUGAAAACGACGCCGUGGCGAGUCCCACCUCCAUCCUCGACACAAAACCUUUCACCGUUUUGAAAAACCCUUUUGGAUCCGAUUACCCGAAACCCCACGAACCCGAGACCCGGCUCAAGCUCGAACACAAAAGAAUCGGACUCGCUAUUGUCGAUUCUCUCGUCCAAGAAGAAAACCAAGAACCCGGGUUCUCCCGACCAAGAUCCGGGACAAUUCUAUUCGGGUCUCAGCUCCGGAUCCGGGUCCCGGACCCUCCACGUUCUUCUUCGGAUUUUGGGAUCAAAACGAAAAAUCAUCCGGUCUCCCCUCCGCCGGAAGAGAUGAAGAAAACGGUUUCCGGGUCGGGUCUUGCGUCGCCCCGUAUCUUCACCGGCUAUUUCUCGACCAGCGAUAUGGAACUAUCGGAAGACUACACGUGCGUUACGUGUCACGGGCCUAACCCGAGAACGAUCCACAUAUUCGAUAACUGUAUCGUUGAGAGCCAACCCGGUGUCGUUUUCUUCAGGAGCUCCGACCCGCUUAACGAAUCGGAUUGUUUACCAUCCGACAGCUUUCUCAGUACCUGUUGUAACUGUAAGAAGAAUCUUGGACCUCGUGAUGACAUUUUCAUGUACAGGGGAGAUAGAGCCUUCUGUAGCAGCGAAUGCAGGUCACUGGAGAUGAUGUCGGAGGAAAAUGACAUUUAAUGAAAUAAGCUUAUUGAGAUAAUUUAAAAAUGUUAUGAUCAUGACUAAAAUAAAUAAAACGUUCUAGUAUUAAGAAAAUGAACAUGUUAGAUAUAAAUUUUGUUUAAUUGCUUUUUGUUUGCUCGGGGCAGAGAUGGUGUCUAUAUCUAUGUGUAUUAUUAUUAUGUGUCUACAUGCAUAAUCAUAUGCAUAUUUUGCUUUAGACCA